GAUCAACGAUAAUCUGAGCACAGCGCCUGGUCUCAGCUCCUCACUCGGGCUUACUGCACCAAGGGAAGGAAUCGCUUCAGAUUCGCUGCUGCUGAAUUUCAACGCAAGCUUUGGCUUUCACUUGCAAGGAAAAGGAUAAGCAGUGUUCUGCUGAGGGCCGCUGUUUAGCGCUUCAUCUUUCAGACUUGAACAAGGCAGCUGGCAUCCGCAGAGCACUAGCUCAUUGUCUGGCUUCAUGACCCCCGCUGUGUAGCUGCCUCAUCUUUUUUGCGGCAUCUGAACCGGCCAUGUUCGGCACCGAGUCUUCAUUGUCUCCUGCUGCCGUGGUUACCAGAUUGUGAUGGCUGAAAAUUGAUAUCGCUUACAAGCUGGCAUAUGAGCAUGUUUUUGAAUACUUUAACCCCCAAAUUCUACGUCGCCCUAACGGGCACGUCAUCCCUGAUCUCGGGGCUUAUUCUGAUAUUUGAAUGGUGGUACUUCCGAAAGUAUGGCACGUCGUUUAUUGAGCAGGUAUCGGUCAGCCACCUGCGGCCCUUGCUGGGCGGAGUGGACAACACCACACCGAGCCACUCCACUUCCAACAACGGAGAUUCUGACUCCAACAGACAGAGCGUGUCAGAGUGCAAGGUGUGGCGAAAUCCACUAAAUCUAUUCCGAGGAGCAGAGUACAAUCGGUAUACGUGGGUAACAGGAAGGGAACCUCUCACGUAUUAUGACAUGAAUCUCUCCGCACAGGACCACCAGACUUUCUUCACGUGUGAAACCGAUCACUUGCGACCAUCAGAUGCCAUUUGCACAGUAAUGCAGAAAGCUUGGAGAGAAAGGAACCCACAAGCGAGAAUUUCAGCGGCACACGAAGCCUUGGAAUUAAACGAGUGUGCCACUGCCUACAUUCUUUUGGCUGAGGAGGAGGCUACCACCAUUGUGGAGGCAGAGAGACUUUUUAAACAAGCUCUGAAAGCAGGGGAGGUUUGUUACAGACGUAGCCAGCAACUGCAGCACCAUGGAACCCAGUACGAAGCGCAGCACAGGCGGGACACAAACGUAUUAGUUUACAUUAAAAGGAGGUUGGCAAUGUGUGCACGCAAGCUGGGGCGGACAAGAGAAGCAGUGAAAAUGAUGAGAGACCUGAUGAAAGAGUUCCCUCUCCUCAGCAUGUUCAACAUCCACGAAAACUUACUGGAGGCACUGUUAGAGCUGCAGGCGUACGCUGAUGUGCAGGCCGUCUUAGCCAAAUAUGACGACAUCAGCUUACCCAAGUCAGCAACAAUAUGCUACACAGCAGCGCUACUGAAGGCGAGAGCUGUCUCCGACAAAUUCUCACCAGAAGCUGCCUCCAGGCGAGGGCUGAGCACUGCAGAGAUGAAUGCUGUAGAAGCAAUACACAGGGCAGUAGAAUUUAACCCACAUGUCCCCAAAUACUUAUUAGAAAUGAAGAGUUUAAUACUACCCCCUGAACACAUUUUGAAGAGGGGAGAUAGUGAGGCCAUAGCAUACUCCUUCUUUCACCUUCAACACUGGAAGAGAGUAGAAGGGGCUCUGAACCUAUUACACUGUACCUGGGAAGGAACUUUCCGAAUGAUCCCCUACCCUUUGGAAAAAGGUCACCUUUUCUAUCCAUAUCCAAUCUGCACAGAGACUGCAGACAGAGAACUGCUGCCAUCGUUUCAUGAAGUUUCAGUGUAUCCCAAGAAGGAGCUGCCAUUCUUCAUCCUCUUCACAGCAGGCUUGUGCUCCUUCACUGCCAUGCUCGCACUCCUCACGCACCAGUUCCCGGAGCUCAUGGGCGUCUUUGCAAAAGCUUUUCUCAGUACACUCUUUGCUCCAUUGAACUUUGUGAUGGAAAAGGUUGAGAGCAUCUUACCCUCCAGUCUCUGGCACCAAUUGACUCGAAUCUAGGAAGAAAGAAGCUGUGUUGGACUGACUACCAUGAGAAACUUGUGCCAAGUUCACAUCUUGCAGAGUGCAAGACAGCAUGAAAACAAAACAAAGGGAUGAAAAUCUGUGAUUUAAAGAUUCUCUGUUAUGGUUUGUUCUUACGUGAACAUGUUUUCUGUUGUAUCAGAGAAAGUUGUUGUUGUUUUAUUUAAUUUUUUGGGCCUUUAUUAAAAUGCUACAAAAUCAAAAAAAAGUCGUCCCCCCCCCCCAGAAUAAAGUUUAAAUUU